GUGGCGCGGAAAGUGUGGUUUCACCUGGUAGAUGAAGCUACUGGCGGCGCGUUCUUGCAUCACAAGGUGUCAUCUGGGUCAUCUGGUGGUGUCUGCGAUAUCGACGACCUCCGCAAGAAGAUUCGCAGUAACUAUCGGCGCGAAGAACCGGAUAUUCUGGCUCACAUUGUGGUCAACCAAUUGGAUGUCUAUGCCAACAGGAAAGCAUUCGACGAUGAGAAAGCGCAGCCUUUGGAUCCGAGGCCAUCGUUGAGUAGUCUCGAUGCGCAAGACACGCAAAUCGUGGUAGUGCCGACGCAGCAUCUUGUUCCUCGCACUGUAGCACCAGCGGCCGAACUGAUGGAAAUUCCAAGCACCAUUGGCCUCACUGACAGAAUGGACCAUUAG